AAGCGGGGUCAAAGCAGACGGGGUGCGGGGCUGUUUCCCGAGGUAACUCUGAGGCUGCCUGGGCAGCUGGCAAGUGGGGAGCGUCUGCUUUGCCGCCGCUGGGCGCCUCUGCCCCUUCUGUCGCUUAUUGCACCCCUUUUCUCUCCCGGUCUGGCGCUCAGCUGCUGCCGGGGACAGACCGCGGUCACGGGUGGGGUUUCCUUCCUCCUCCCUGUGUCUGACUUUCACUUUCAGUCUCUGACUCGCCCUGGUUUCCCAGCAGAGGAGGAGAGGGAGCCGGCCGAGGGCACAGGGCAAGAGGCAGCGCAGGAGCCAGACUGCAGCAGAGCUGUUGCAGCCCAGGCCGGGUGAGGACGACGGCGAAGAGGAGGAGAGGGAGCCGGCCGAGGGCACAGGGCAAGAGGCAGCGCAGGAGCCAGACUGCAGCAGAGCUGUUGCAGCCCAGGCCGGGUGAGGACGACGGCGAAGAGGAGGAGAGGGAGCCGGCCGAGGGCACAGGGCAAGAGGCAGCGCAGGAGCCAGACUGCAGCAGAGCUGUUGCAGCCCAGGCCGGGUGAGGACGACGGCGAAGGCCGCCCUUGCUGCCCACGAUGGCGUCCGAAAGGCACAUGCCGGUGCCCGUCUGCCUCGUUGAGAACAGGCCGGCGGAGGGGCUGGUGGUCCGGCAGGAGGCCCUGCGGGUGCUGUCGGAGGUCACGCAGCCGGUGGUGGUGGCGGGCAUCGCCGGGCUGUACCGCACCGGCAAGUCCUACCUCAUGAACAGGCUGGCCGGUCAGAGGCGAGGUUUCUCCCUGGGCGCCAGCGUGCAGUCGCACACCAAAGGCAUCUGGCUGUGGUGCGUGCCUCACCCCCGCCGGCCCGGACACACGCUGGUGCUGCUGGACACCGAAGGGCUGGGCGACGUGCAGAAGGGCGACAGCAGGAACGACACGUGGAUCUUUGUGCUGACCGUGCUGCUCUCCAGCACCCUGAUCUACAACAGCAAAGGCAUCAUUGACCAGGACACCAUGGAGCAGCUGCACUAUGUGGUGACGCUGAGUGAGAAGAUCAAGUUGAAAGCAGCACCCAAGAAGAGCGCAGAUGAGCUGGACGACUCAGAAAAAUUUGCCCUCUUCUUCCCAAACUUUGUCUGGGCCGUCCGGGAUUUCACACUGGAUCUGGAGGUGAACGGGGAGGAAAUCUCCGAGGACGAAUACUUGGAGAACGCGCUGAAGUUAAAGGCUGGCAGCGGCCCCGAGACCCAACACCACAACGAGCUCCGGGAAUGCCUCCGCCAGUUCUUCCCGUGUCGCAAGUGCUUUGUUUUUGACCAACCGGCCACCAGGAGGCAGCUGGCCCACUUGGAGGAGCUCCAGGAUGAGGAGCUCAGUCCUGAAUUCCUGCAGCAGGUGGAGAAAUUCUGCAGCCACAUCUGGGAAAAUUCUCCACCUAAGACCACCCUUGAUGGGCACAUCGUGACAGGGACCUCGCUGGGGAAACUGGCGGAAAUCUACGUCGAGGCCAUCCGGAGCGGGGCUGCGCCGUGCGUGGAGAGCGUGAUGCUCGCCCUGGCAGAGAUUGAGAACAGGGCCGCGGUGAAGGAGGCGGUGACGUUGUACCAGGGUCUGAUGAAGGAGCAGGCAAAGCUGCCAACGGAGACUAUGCAGGAGCUACUGGAGCUGCACACCCGGUGCGAGCAGAAGGCGCUAGACCAGUUCAUGGAGCGGGCGUUCAAGGACGGCAUCUGGUCUUUCCAGGCGGAGCUCAUACGGCAGGUCGAGGCAGUCAAGGUGAGGUUCUGCCAGGACAACGAGCAGGCGUCCCGCGCCAAGUGCGAGGCUGCCCUCAGGGACCUCUCCCAAGCCGUGGAGAGGCGGGUCAGCGCCGGUGCCUACAGCGUGUCCGGGGGUUACGAGCUGUUCAGAAGAGACCAGCAGGCACUGGUGGAGAAAUACCAGGAACUGCCUGGCAAGGGGGUGAUGGCUGGGGCUGUGCUCCAGGAGUUCCUCCAAAGCAGGAAGACUCUGGCCAAAGCCAUCCUCGACACAGACUGCGCCCUGACAGCGAAGGACAGGGAGCUGAGACUUGAGCAAGACCAAUGUGAGCGAGCUGAGUGGGAGAGGGAGGUCCAGAGGAUGAAGGAGGCCGAAGACAAGCAGAAGAAGCAGAGCCAGUUGCGCAGCCGCGGAGAGCACACCCUUCGGCUGAGGAAGAAGCUGGAGGAUUGCUCUGAGAGGCAGCUGGAGGUGUACCGGAGGAUCAUCGGUUAUAGAUCAGAGGAGGAGAGCAUGUUGCUCCAAGACGGCUUCCAUGAAAGAGCCAUCCGCCAGCGCAUGGUGAUCCACACCCUGCAGGAGGAAUGCCACAGCACAACCAGCAGGAUUUUGCACUGGGUGCAAGUACUGGUACCGGUGGUGUUAGUCGUGGCGUUUGUCGCGCUUCGCCUUUUAUAGGCCGUGAAGAUUUUCUUUACAACCCCUGUAGUGACGAAGCAAGAGAGGUGUGUCGUGUCCCCGCUGGCAACUCUGCUAAACUGCGCGCGUCCCCGCUGCAAGAAGCUUCCAACAGCGCGUGGAAGUGACCGCUACCUUCCCUCGAACCACGCAAUCGAGUGCUUUCCUGCUAGACCCAGUCCUAAAGCCGAAGGGCCCGAACAUUUGGGGCGCCAGGCAGUUGGAGAGGAAAGCAGCCUUCUGGGCUGGCCAAUUUUAGGCAAAUUAGGAGGGCCUGGUUGUUGUGAUGGUCUUGCUCAGGAAAUUGUGCUCUUGAGCCCUUGCUUUAAAAGUGCCUUCCGUGUCGACAGGGGUUUGGAAAAUGCUGAUGAUUGCGCAUGUUUCAUAAUUGUUGUGUAGUGCUCCUCAGAAUAUUAACCAAACAAACCUCCCGGGGAUUUGGGGUGGGUGGAAUGAUCACGCAGGGCAAAAGCUUUAAUCUUGAUGGUUCUUCAAUAAACCUCGGGCCUAAAUGAA